CAGAUUGUAAAGGUCGUGAAACACAGCCAGCAACAGCAAGAACAAGAGCAGGAAUAUAUCCAUCCAUAUACAGCAGCAAGCAUACCUUCCUCGCCUUUCUCCUUGAGGUUCAUCGCAGAAACAAGAAACUCGCAGCCAUGGGCAGAUCUGCUGUUUCUCAGGCCCUUCCGGUGCACCAGGAAGACGAGGACCUGUUCGAGAACUCCUCCUCCUUCUCCUGCGACUCCGACGACGAGGCCCAGUUCUCAGACGGCGAGGACCAGUUUGUGCUGGCUUCCCCGCCGGUGCGGAGACUCAACUCUGACAGCGUCUACGAUCUGUCGUCCAUGAAGGCCGAACUCUCCGCCAAGAAAGGGUUGUCGAAAUACUACGACGGAAAGUCCCAGUCGUUCGCGUGCAUGUCCGAGGUGAGAUGCCUGGAGGACCUGCCCAAGAAGAGCCCCUACAAGAAGAUCAAGUCGUGCAGGAGCAACAUCGAUCUGGAUGGGAACCAGAAAGCCUACCCCUUACCUGGUUCUAACAACAGCAAAGGAAUCGCCAAGCAGAACUCUGCGAGCUCCUGCGCGAAUCUGAUGAUGGCGCGGACCAGCAGCGCCAACAUGCUCUACAGGCCUCCCGCGAUCCCUGUCAACAAGAGCGCGUGCCAUCAGUAGGGCUCGCGGCUGCAAAUGUCUGUCCAUGGCUGGCCUCGCGCCUCUUCGUUGUUCCUUGUUGAGGAUUUUUCUUGGCGGGCGUAUUAGCCUGUCAAAUGUAAAGAGGCUUUUGCUUCUCUCAUGUUCUUCAGGAAGACAUUGAUUGAUUCAGUCUGUAAAUACAGAGACCGGUUGUAUACCAAACAUUUCUAUUGAUGCGUGCCCCUCCACCGCACGGCCCUAAAUC